GGCUUCUCUCCUCGGUUGUUAGGGAAGAGUCCAGUCGUUAGGGAAGAGUGUCUUCUCGGGCUCUGCGGCUUGUUUUCUUUUACUGUACGCGUAUAUAAUGCGGGGCGCGACAUGAAUCGGAACCAGGACGCUCGGGGAGUCGUUCUGACCGGCUACAUCAGCAACAGCGAGGCGUUCGCUCCGGUGUGUGCGACUGCUGCGAGCCCCGGGGACGAGCCUGAAGCUCCGGGACCGAGUCGAAAGCCGGCUCAGUGUAAUGUGCAGCGGACGCGAGCGGUGACCGCGGGCCCCAAACCGCCGUACCAGCGCUGCGCCUCUCAGGACUCGCUGGACGAGUUGGCCAUGGACGACUACUGGAAGGAGAUGGAGAUCAUCCAGCACAGCGGAGGCGGAGACGCCGAGCCUCAGGACGAGGUGCAGCUCAAAGUAGCCGACGAGGGCGAACAGGAAGAGGCGUGGCUGACGGAGGCGGGUCUCGCGACGCUGUUCGACGAGUCGGCGUCGGACGACGACGACGGCAAGGUCCUGCUGUCCACCCUGACGCGCACGCAAGCCGCUGCCGUGCACAAGCGCCUGGAGACGCUCCGCAAACGCAACAAACCCCACAGCGUCCCCGACGUCAGGGACAUCUUCAAACCCCAGGACACCAAGGAUGACGAGUCCAAGUCCAGUGGAGGAAGUGAAAACACAAAAAAGGAAGAAGAAACGACAUCUGGUUUGGGCGUGGCCGUAGGAAACGGCGAGGGCGUGGCCGACACCGAGACGGACAUCAACCAAGAGGUGUCGUUCUCGGAGCAGGCGCUGACCUACAAGGAGGGAUCAAAGGUCACGCCGCCUGUUGACGAGGCUGACGACAGGCUACCCGAUUUCAGGGUAGUAAGAGAUAAGACAGGAAUGACUAAAGUAGGUAAUCUCUCCCCGGCCGACAUGAAGAAAGUCCACCGGCUCGUCCUGAUCGAGGUGAGCGCUUUGUUCGACACGGCUGGUAUCGACCUCAAGACCCACAAACCUCUCAAGAUAAAGGUCAAAGAGUCGGGAUUGUUCGGGGUUCCUCUGACAACGCUGUUAGAGCAGGACCAGAAGAUGAUGCCUGGUACCCGCGUGCCAAUCAUAAUGCAGCGGAUAAUUUCCCACAUAGAAGAAGAGGGGCUGGACACUGAGGGGAUUCUGCGGGUCCCUGGAGCAGCCACCAGAGUGAAGGCUGUGUGUCAGGAGCUGGAACUGAAGUUCUAUGACGGCUUGUUUCCCUGGGAGUCUCUCAAGCAGCACGACGCGGCGAGCGUACUCAAGCUCUUCAUCAGAGAGCUUCCUCAUCCUCUCCUGACCGUGGAGUACUUCAGUGCUUUCUUCUCUGUGCUUAAAUUCCCGACGAAGAAGCAACAGCUGCAGGCUCUCAAUCUGCUCGUGCUUCUUCUGCCGGCGUCCAGCAGAGACACGCUCAAGGCGCUGUUGGAGUUCCUCCAGCGAGUCAUCGACCACAAGGAGCGCAACAAGAUGACGCUGAAUAACGUUUCCAUGGUGAUGGCGCCCAACAUCUUCAUGUUUAAAGGCUUCCGGAGCAAAAUCACCGAGCAGCAGGAGUUCGCCAUGGCAACAGGCAUGGCUAGCAUCGUCAGGCUGCUCGUACGAUACCAGGACCUGCUCUGGACUAUCCCGAAGUUCGUGAUGAUCCAGGUGCGGAAGCAGAACGCGGAGCGGAAGACGAACCGAGAUAAGGCGGUGAAGAAACUGUUGAAGAAAAUGACCUACGACCGCGAGAGGAACAGCGAGAAAGUGGAGAAGAACACAGAGGUGGACAUCGGCUUCAUCAGGGUCCAGGCUCCGCAAUUCUCAAAAGUCUCCAUGGCGAUGGAGCUGACUGAAGAGCUCCGAGCGUCAGACAUCCUCACGCGCUUCCUCAGCCAGGAGAGCUCAGUGCUUGUGAAGAGAGAGGAUCUGUAUCUAUACGAGAUCGGAGGGAACAUCAAGGAGCGCUGUCUGGAUGAGGAGACGUACAUGAAGGCCCUCCUGGAGCUCAACCCCACAGCCGAAUGGGUCAUCAAGUCCGUCCAGCUCUAACGUCCGGCCCACAACCAAGCGACCGACCAAUCACAGGACGAGCGCGAGAUUAAAGGAGAAGUUUCACCUUCUUCCACUCUCGCUCUUUCCGAUCAUCUUCUGCAGGCCGUACGAGACCGGGUCCGCUUUGCCGCGUCGGCGUAGAACGUCGACCCGGGAAUAUGAUUCAAUGGUUUUUAAAAAUAUAUAUUUUAAUGCAAAAUUUGCGCUUUAAUGUAAACGCGACGGAUCAGCGAACACUUUCGCGCAGAAACUCGCGCGAGCGUGUCGCAGCGAAGCGAAGCGAAGAGACGCUGACGGGAGAAACGAUCAGCACUACGUAUGAUCUUUUUUUUUUUGAUAAUGCAUGACUGAAUACUAGUUGUUGUUGUUUGUUUUUUUGCACAUGUAUAGAUGUAGGAAAUCAUCAGACUGACAGUGUAGCUUUAGCGGUCCUGUAGCACGGGAGGAACACACGGCCAAAACAAAAUGUUUCUACAUCGCGAAAUCUUUCAAACGUUCAUGCGUGUUUGUUUGUUUUUUUUAAAAUAGAAAGACACAUAAAGUGGGCGCUUCUCAACGUCGCACCGGUUUUACUUCGAAUUCUUUUCAACUUUUGAGCUGACACAAUAUUAAUGCGGUUAAUAAAUACGAUUAACACGCUACAACGUCGUAAAAAUAUUCAUUAACGAAUACCGUUUGUUUUUUUUUAAAGUGAGGAGGUCGUUAAAUAUUUAUUCGUGAUAAGUGUUUCUGCCUCGUAAUAAACUGCUGAGGUCCACCUUAAAGACUUUCUCGCGUUCUGAUUGGUCAGGUGUCGAUUCGUUUUCCAGAACUCAUAACGCGCUCUUUUUAUCACGUUAGCGUUUGCAUAGUAACAGCCUGUUCACGUGCACACAGCUGCUGUGACGUAAGUGAUAACAGGAACCGACUCGUUUCACGCACGUUCAACGUUAAAAACUCUAAAAGGGAUCAAAAGUAUGACGUCGUUCUUUAAGAAACCGUUAGGGCGUGAGAGGAAUAAAACGCUCGGAGACGUGCCGUUUUCGGAAAAGAACGAGCGUUUGGUUGAUGACGGUGACGUGAUGUCACGUACACAGACGUAAACAGUCCGUAUAUAGAGCUGAUGAAGCGGAAUCAGUCAGCGCCGAUCGAGGUCAGCUAGCCAAUGUAAACACGCUGUGAAAUAGAUUAGGAGCGGACACAUGGUGCGUUUCUUCAUCACUCGGAACGCUUAUGAAGCUAACGUAAUUGCCGCCGUUUUCUCUAGUUCAAUUCUGCGAAAGGAAAAAGUUCCACAAAUCCCUCGAUCAUCGUUCGAGUCCACAAACGGAAUCGCGGCCACUUCAUUCUCGGGUAUAAACCGUUUUUGGGACACCGGAAUCUCUACAUGCGAGCUAACUAACUAGCACACAACAGCUACACGCAUUAGCGUAGACUAGCCUGAAAAUAUUCAGACCUGAUGUAAUGAUUAAAAAAUAUAUAAUAAUCAGUUGUAAAUAUUUACAUAAAGUUCUGCAUGCUAAUAUGUGACUCGUAAUAUUUAAUAAGGGAAUAUUAAGCAAAGCUCAACAAGCCCACAUCAGUUGUUUAUUUUUUUCCCCCUCUCUUCGAUCAUUUCAGUUCCACACCGCCGCGUCGUCCUUCCGUGGAAUUCAGACGGAAGAAAAAGGUUUUAGUUUGCCAUCCACUGGCGUAAAACGCUUUUAAACCGUAAACCGAUCUUACAUUCCGAACUGCAGCGAGGAGAAGUCUUUCUUAUACGUGUACAUGAUAGAAAGUGGGACUGAAAGUAGAGUAGGAAAGCGUUUAACGCUGCUUGGAGCUGCCCGAGGUCUCUCACGUAAACACGUUAAACGUCACAUUCUACCUGAAAGCACUUGAUUUUACCCGGUCUGUGGUUUCUGAUUCGUGAAAACAAGUUCUUUAACAAGUUUUGAUUGUUUAUUAUUUUUUUUAUGUAACUCAGUUAUUUUCGAUCCCAGUUUUACUAACACGAUAAGACCGUUGUGACGGAUCGCGUUCAAUAAGCAAUAAUUUGAUGUUUCGUCAUUUUUCUUACGCAUUCGGUAAUUCAAUACGAAUCGAUUACUGUUUCUACGUGACGUAAGUGAAGCCCGAGAACUCAUCAGUUGCUAGCGUGAACGCAGGAUCGUAAACAUAGUGCGUGUAUUGUCCUCAAGAGUAGCUAAUAAUAAUAAUAAUAACUCAGCUGUAACCCUAACCCUGACCCAUUUAUUCAUUUGUCUGAUGCUUUUAACUACUAACACGUACUGAGGCAGAAUCCAAUCCCUUUGCGUAAGGGGUCUAAUAGCGGUUCAGUCCUGUCUGGACUUCUGUCUGUGGUUCACACGCUGCUCUCAGUAGGAACUAAAACACUGACACUGGGAGAACCGGUCCAAAUAAAACCGGUCCUGUUCCACUCUGCAGAUCUGUAGUGGUACUUCUACAUGAAGGAACACCUCAGCAGGUCUGCGUGCAUAUAAAGUCCUGGAAUUUGCCUGUGGAAUUUUGAUCGUUUGCGAUUGUUUUUAUUGUUAAAUGACGUAAAGUUGACAUUUCAAAUGAAUCAGGUGAUUUUUUUUUUUUGUACUAUUGUACUGUUUUAUACUGUGAAUAUGAUUUUAAAAAAGUGACUGCUGUUAUCCAGAAAUAACCACUAAACAAUGUUUUGUAAAUAAAUAGAAUUGUAAUUGCA